UUCUCUGGUUUGUUCUUUUCCCAUUUUUGUUCCCAGUAGAAUGUCGUUACCACGAUUUUUCUUUCUUUAAUCCAGGGAAGGGGAUAGUAAAAAAAGAGUUGCUGGGAUUUUGUGGGUUUAAUGUCAAUGUUCAACCAGAAAUUAAUAUGAACUGAGCCGCGGAAAUCGUUCUAUUCGGGGUUUUGAUGGUUUUCUUCGUGUAAUGCAAUGUUGGAUUUCUAGGAAGCUCCUGUUCUUCGAACUCCCGUAGCAGUUCUGCUACUUUGUCUGCCUCUGUUUCUCUUCCUUCGGAUUAUCGGACAUGGCGGAAGAAACGAAAUUCCGGGUGGUCCGUUGCCCUAAGUGUGAGAAUCUACUACCGGAGCUACCUGAUUACACGGUCUACCAAUGUGGUGGAUGUGGUGCUGUUCUUCGAGCAAAGAAACAAACUUCCGCCACUGAAGCAUCGGAAAAAUCUGAUGAAGAGAGGAUCAGGCCUAGAGGGGAUUCCGCUAAACCGGAGCGAUUUUCUGACGAAGGAGCAGCCAAUUUGACUGAUACUUCUGGUACGGAUAAGGAGAACGAUGGCCCUGAACUAGAACGCAGGAGGAGAAGGCCCAGAGUCCUGUCUGAAAGAGCAGCUAGCUCAAAUGCUUGUUCUUCCUCCUCUUCUUCCAGGCCUGAAAAUAGGGAGGUUUUGAGUAAUGGUAAUGGACGAGGGAUUGACGCCAUGGUGGGAAAGGAACCCAUGUAUAGGUAUUCCUCCAAAGCUCCAGCCGAAGAUUGGGUCAUGGUGAAUGAUCAAGAGAUGAACUUAAAAAGGGACGAAUUGGCUAAAGCCCAGAUGGGGAAAGAAGUUGGUGUACUAAAAUCCCAAACCACAAGUGCGAGCAGGCCAUGGGGAUCCGGGCAAAUUCCUGAGAAACGGAGCAGUGAGAGGGAGGGGUCGAUGCUGUUUCGGAGAAACCCCGAAGCCGUGGUUGAAGAUGUUAGAUUUUCGACUCGUCGGUGUCCUGAAGAAGGCCCAUCAAACUACCACCGGGGUUUCUCUUUUGGCUAUGGCGAGCCAAUAAAGAAUCAGAGCAAUCUUGAUGGACCCAGUAGAGUUGAGUACCUCGAACAAGAUCGAGCAGAGCUUCUGAGAAAGCUGGAUGAGCUAAAAGAUCAACUCAGUAGAUCUUGCAAUAUAGCGGGGAAAACAAAAGAAGGGGUACCUGUGGAUAGGAGAAUGGUUCCUCCUCCUCCUCCUCCCCCUCCCCCUCCCCCUCCCCCUCCGGCUCCUUAUGGCGGUCAUGGUGCUUGGCUUCCAGAGGGCCUUGCGGGACCAAGUCGAGCUUCCAUGCCAUCUUUUGCUCCAGAUAAACACGUCCCCAGGCGGCCUUAUUUUAGUCAGGGCCAUGAAUCGAUUCCUUUGAUGAAUAGGCAUCAUGUAGAUAUGCAGCAGAACUUCCAUCCUCCAUUGCACACCCCAAAUGAGAUUCCAGGUUACGGGGAAUCAUUCGGACCCCAGAUGCUCAGGAGAGCUCCUCAUCAACCUCCCCGUCAGUACUCUCAACGGCCAUCUCAUGAAUACUUCUCUGGACACUAUGUGGAUAUUGAUUCGGAUCCCUUGGCACUGCAUCCGCACAAUUCCUUCUUUGAUCAGGCUACAUGCUCUUGUUUACAUUGCUACAACAAACAAUGGCAAGUUCCUGGGCAAAUCCCCCCUCCUGUGUACUGUAAUAGGAGGUACCCAGAUGUUCCAACCAACUCCAUGUUCACCCAUCUUGAAACUUCUGUUCCACUUGGUUCACGGGGUUACAAUCCUAGAGCCUUCAAUCUUCCUGUGUGUUCUCGUGAAUCACAUAACCAUGCAAGAAGACCAAGUCUUCUUGAUUCUAAUGUGGGUGGUUUUAAUCGAGGUCGUCCCCAAAGGGUGGUGAUAGCAAAUAGGAAUGGACACCAUUGCCGUCCCAUAGCUGGAGGUGCACCAUUUAUAACAUGCCAUAAUUGCUUUGAGUUGCUGCGAUUACCUAAGAAACUUCUUUUGAUGGAGAGGAAUGAACAGAAAGUGCGGUGUGGUGCCUGCUCUACUGAAAUCCCAAUUGCAGUUGAGAACAAGAGGCUGCUUGUUUCUGUUCCUGAUGAAACCAAACAAACUCCUACGGAGCUCCCUGGUGGCUCUAAUGAGGUAGCAAAAGGUCUUUCUCUUCGUAAUGGUUACACAAACGGGGCUAGCAUGAACUCCUACUCUGAUGACUAUGAUAAUUCUGAUUACUUUAAGUUUACAGAUGCUGAGCAUGCUUUGUUGGCAGAAGACCAUAGGUUGAACUUAAGUGAGUCCAUGAAGGUGAAUGAUCUGCUUUCUUCAUCUUCGACUCCCUCUGAGGAUGAGGAGAGCCCAGAUAGUGUGAUUACUAAGAGAGAGCUGUCCAACGCAGCAAAGCUGCCUCUGCAAGCAAAUGUGACUCCUGUAGUUCCAGGAUCACCCCUCCGGGGGCAUUCUGAUCAUGCUUCUUCCAAUCAUGUGGUGAACAAAUUGGAAAGGGGGAGUAGGAGUAAACGUUUGGAUCAGGAAAAGGUGGUUCUGAAUAAGGUCACCUUCAGACAAGAUUCUUUGAAAGAUGCAUCAGUAGCUACUGAGAUGGAGGUUUCAUUCAAUGAAUAUUCAAAUGCUGGAAUGUCUCAGGAUUCUGGGGAGGCAAGCAAAGAGGAAUAUCAACCAAGGGUCAGCAAGGGGGGUGAAUCAUUCUUUGCUGGCCUUAUCAAGAAGAGCUUUAGGGACUUCUCUAAAUCUAAUCAAACAGUAGACAAUGGCAAAGCUAUUGUAUCUAUUAAUGGACAUCCUAUUCCAGAUCGUUUAGUCAGGAAGGCUGAAAAGCUAGCUGGACCAAUUCAUCCUGGACAAUACUGGUAUGAUUUCCGAGCUGGAUUUUGGGGCGUGAUCGGUCAGUCUUGUCUUGGCAUAAUACCACCAUUUAUUGAAGAAUUCAACUACCCAAUGCCCAAAAACUGUGCUGGUGGAAAUACUGGAGUUUUUGUGAAUGGGAGAGAGCUUCAUCAAACAGAUUUGGAUUUACUUGCUGGCAGAGGACUCCCAACUACUAGAGAUAAAUCAUAUAUUGUUGAGAUUUCUGGGAAAGUUCUGGAUGAGGAUUCUGGAGAAGAGCUUGAUAGCCUUGGAAAACUUGCCCCAACAGUUGAGAAGGUGAAGCAUGGAUUCGGCAUGCGGGUUCCUAGAGUGGUUGUGUAGAUGCUGUGUGCGUUGCAUAACAGCUCCAGCUGCCGGUGACAUGAGGAAGAAUUUGAAGCUGAUCUGUAUUUUGGAAG